UCAUCCGUCUUGUUCCCAGUUGCGAUGAAUUCUCAUCCACAUCUCAAAUUCACAAAACCCUCGAGAAACUCCUUCUCUCAUCAUCGGAAUCGGAGAGUUCCAACGGAAAAUAAUGUCAGGCGGAAGCAGCAACGGCGACGGAGAAUCAGAGUCCUCCCCAAACAAACGCCUCAAAACCGAAGAAGCAUCGAAGAAGGUCGACGGUGGCGGAGACGAUGAUAACCAGGGUGUAUGGUGCGGGAUCUGCUACGCGGAGCGCGGCGCACCUGUCGCCGGAGAAAUCGACUGCUGCAGCCAUUACUUCUGCUUCGCAUGCAUCAUGGAGUGGUCCAAGCACGAAUCCCGAUGCCCGAUCUGCCGCCGGAGAUUCUCCAACGUUCGCAGGCUCCCCAAGCAUGGCAUCUUCUCUUCUUCUCGGGACAUUAAGGUCCCUCUCCGUGAUCAGGUUUAUCAUCCUUAUGGGAAUAUGAGCACCGGUCCUACUCACUCUCAUACUGAGGCCAAAUGCGUUGUCUGUCAUGGUGUGGCAGAUGAACAUCUUCUGCUAAUUUGUGAUCUUUGCGAUGCUUCUUCUCAUACCUACUGUGUUGGCCUUGGCUACACUGUCCCUGAAGGCGAUUGGUUUUGUUAUGACUGUGCUAUUGCCAGGGAGACCAAUGAGCGGGAAGACUUAGAGCUACGAAGUGUCGAGCAAAGUGGGGCGAUAAGUGCAAUACCAUGUCCUUUACAACAAAGCCGGUCCCCUCCUCCUCCUAGUAUUCAAUCAGCUGAUAGGUUAAGUAGAUACAGGGGAAAGAGACCUCUGUCAAAUGCCCAGCAGGUGCAACGUAACAUACAAGCGCUCCGUGAUAAUUGGAAUGCACUGAGAAGUGGUUCCAUGAAGUUCGGUUCUGGUUCCAUUCAAACCAGUGGCAUAGGUGGUUGUCAUAAUCGAGAUUCUGGUUCUGCUUCAUGUGGCAGACCCAACAAACAGCAUUCUAAUUCUAUGGGUUUGGGAAGCCUAGGUUCCAGUUCUGGUUCUGUUUCACGCAGCAGAUCAGAUGAACAACAUUCUAAUUCUAUGGUUUUGGCAAACAGGUGUUCUGGUUCCGUUUUGCAUGGCAGAUCAGACGAACAGCAUUCUAAUUCUAUGGCUUUGGUAAACCGAGGAUCUGGUCCCAUUUUGCGUGGCGGACCACACGAACAGCAUUCUGAUUGUGUGGCUUCGCCAAGAAUUCAGCACUCGAGUGUCCAAGAUGGUUCAUCUAGAGGCAUAAUGAAUGAGAGGGGGGUGAAAGAUGUUGAGAAGGCUUGGAAAAUGUUGGAGAAGGCAAAGAAGAUGCAAGGGACUCGUCAAAGAACCAACAGAAAGUAGAGCAUUCUACAGGGAGUGAGAUUGGAUCAUCCCUCUUGCAGAAUCAGAAAACUUAUCAACUGCACAUUGUAAUUCACAAUAAUUGAAGAAUUGAUAGUUUAGAAGUUUCUGCUGGGAACAGGCCUUAUUUUUUGGCAGCAUCCCGAGGCAAGUUAUGUAGAAGCAAACUGCUAAAGGAAGUGCAAAAUGCAAAUAGUGGUAAAUGAUGAAAUUAUGGGAAAAUAAUUAGAUAGACAUUGCUGCAACAUCUCGACCAUGUGUACUGAUCGUGUAUUAGAAUGGGUUUAGAAUAGUCAUAAAAAAAUAAGGAUAAAUCUUA